CGACAAUUUUGACUUAGCAACAUAUAAACAAUACCGACGAUACAUGUAUUUAUAGGGAUGGGGCUGUUUGAAAGCGACCAUCCUUUUAAAGGUCAAGUAUUCAAAGAUAUUAAAAACAAGUGUGUAAAAGCCGGAUCCCUAUUUAAAGAUCCAGAAUUUCCGCCCACUGGCUCCUCGAUUUACAACAGUAAGCCAUGUCCUGCCGAUAUUGUUUGGAAGAGACCAGGGGAGAUUGUAUCCAAUCCCAAGUUUUUCGAAGACGGAGUCAGUUCUGACGAUUUAUCCCAAGGGUCGCUUGGAAACUGCUGGUUCGUUGCCGCGUGUGCUUGUCUUACAGAGAACUCUAAACUGUGGAAAAAGAUAAUUCCGGAUUCUGAAGACCAAGAGUGGAGCGAGAAGAACAAGUACGCCGGCAUAUUCCACUUCAAAUUUUGGCGAUGUGGUACCUGGGUGCACGUGGUCAUAGAUGAUUACCUACCUACUAGGGAUGGGAGUCUUAUCUUCGUACAUUCCAAAACAAGGAAUGAGUUCUGGUCGGCCCUCUUGGAAAAGGCUUACGCUAAGCUUUUUGGAAGCUAUGAAUCUCUCGAUGGUGGAUACGAGAAGGAUGCCCUUGUCGACAUGACAGGAGGGGUCGGGGAAGACAUUCACCUGACAGAUUAUACAACGCCUGAACAAAUGAAAGACCUCUUUAAAAUUCUCAGGCAGUCAAAAGAGAACCACGCCCUUAUGAGUGCUUCCAUUGAUGCAACAGCCAAUGACAUGGAAGCAGAAUUAUCAUGCGGGCUGGUGAAAGGCCACGCCUACAGUGUCACGGCGGUGAAGAAGAUCAAACUUGGCACGGGGUUGUUUUCGAUAUUUUCUAGAGACCACCUACAGAUGGUCCGCUGUAGAAACCCUUGGGGAGGAACGGAAUGGAAGGGGGCGUGGAGCGAUGGUUCUGCUGAAUGGAAGAAAGUCAGCGACAGCCAGAAGAAAGAGCUGGGUCUUGUUUUUGACGACAAUGGGGAAUUCUGGAUGUCAUACGAAGACUUUUGCCAGUACUUCACCAGCAUGAACAUAUGUCACAUCAUCAACCGGUCAUUCUUCUCCAUACAAAAGACGUGGCAGGAGGACAAGGUCCAAGGACAGUGGCGCCAGCCAGACCGCUGCGGGGAAAUCGGCAUACAUUCUAUAUCUCUCCAAAACCCACAGUACAUCUUUGACAUUACUAAGGAAGAGGAUGAAGUAAUGAUAUCCCUGGAACAGAAGGACAAACGUGGAGACAAAGAAGAAAACUACGCAAUUGGAUUUUCUGUGUACAAGUCUGAUGUAAACCGGAAGUACCGAAUGCAUGACACACUGGACAUGUUAUCAUCCGGGCCUUUCAACAUAUCUCGUAGUGUAUUAAAUCGAGUUACACUCAGUAGGGGCCGCUACUGUAUAGUUCCGUCAACCUAUGAACCAGGUCAAUGUGGAGAGUAUGUUUUGAGGAUGUACGCAAGCAACCAUUUAAAUCUCACCGAGUUGUUACACGACGAGCCGAUGCCCGGCAAAUGUUGCUGCUUCACAAGGAAGAGGUCGCAGAUAGCUGCCACCCAGAUCACCCUGGUUAAGGCAGAAGGUCUCGAACCGCAAGACGCAGGGAUAUCUGCCGACCCGUACUGUAUCGUGAAAUACGAAGGUGGCUCGAUAGAAAACAACUACAAGGAGGACACGCUGAACCCGGAAUGGAAUGAUCGGGUCACGCUGUACCGUAAAGACCCGCACAAAGACGUCACUAUCGAAGUUUGGAACCAUAACAUCUUCAAGGACCAGUUGAUGGGUAUUUGUACGUUGUCAAUGGAUAAACCCCAUAAGUACACGGAUGGAAAUGCUAUUGAAGGGUACAAACUCUUCACGAAAGGGAAGGAAGGUCCCGUAAAAAAACCUGGCAGGCUCUGGCUCAAAGUGUACCACACUGAUAACAUGGCUAGUGUUUAAUUGUACCUGUGUGAAAAAAACAACUUGUCUGUGCCAUAUGCAACAAGACUUUACUAUUAUUGAUUGAUAUUGAAAAAGUGAAAAUCUCUAUAUAUAAAAUAUUUCAGUUUGAUAUCCGUUUCAGCUCCGUAUCAUAUAGCUUACUCACGCCGAUUGAUACUACAGUCGAACCCCGUCGGCUCGAAUUUUCAGGGACCAGCGAAAGUACCUCGAGCUUAAAUAUUUCGAGCCAAGCGGGUAGUAUGAAGCAAUAGGUCGUUUACAUCCAGUUCGAGCCAACGAUAAAUUCGAGCCAACGGGGUUCGACGGUCUAAGAGUUUACACUUAACUUUGUGCGGAUAGAGCUUCCUACGCUGAGUCAGUUGAUGGAAUUCAUUAGGAUCAUUUGAAUUGUUUUUAACUACUUUGAACAAAAUGUUUUACACUAUUUUGCAACCAUAUCUAUCCAUGAAACCUUGCUAUUUGCACAUAAAAGAAUGUGCUUAUUGGUGUUAUAAUGACCAACAUAUAUUUAUUUCCUACAAGAAUGUACAAGAUGGAUUAAUGUAUGUGAUAGGUUCAUCUGAUGUCGAUUUCUAGGUUUUUCAAUAUUUUUAUUGGGAUACACAGUGUGAUAAACAUGAACUUUUUUACCUUCAAGAUGAACUACAUGUUUGUAUCUAUUUAUUGUACCGAUUAUUUCAAAGAGUUAACUUGUCUUUAUUACCAUUAACUUUGUAGAAUGACACUGAUGCAUUUGUAGCGCACUGAUGUAUUAAUUUAAUCGAAUUUCGUUGUACUCGCUCAAACUAGUUUUAUAUUGCAUAAUGAAAUUAUACUCCAAAAUAAAGCACCUUUUACAUAAUUA